AUGUCUGAAACGUUUACAACAAUUUCAGAACUGCAUUACGGAUCUCCAGGAACAGCACUUCAGGUACGUAUUCUACGCACAUGGACGCCACAGCCAUGCAAUUAUGAGACAUGGUACCUAGCUGUGGACAAAUACGGUGAUGCAAUUCAAAUAUUAGGGCAAAGAAAAGAUCAAGGCUAUGUACAAUCUGUCCUAAAAGUUUCCAAAUGUUAUACUAUUUCAAACUAUGGAUGUGGAGAGCCUGAUUCCUACCAAAAGUGGAUAGACAAUCCAAUAUACAUUGCUAUCGGCAUGGCUUCUUCCCUAACAUUACUUCCAGAUACUAAUACAAUUCCUCGAAAUUGGUUCAGGUUUAUAUCGAAAGGACAGAUCCCAGAAUUUGUUGACCAGAGCCCAGACUUUUUGGGAAUAUUCGUGAAGUUUAGAAGUUGCUUCAAGAAGAACGGACAACCCUUCCUCCUUCUAAUUCUCAAAAAUGAAUCAGGUCAAGAAAUUGCCGUUAGCCUUUGGAAGGAAUGCACCGAUGUUCUUGAAAAAUUUAAUCGAGUGGCUAUUGAGAACGCACCUGACCCUACAGUCAUUGCUGUCACCAAUGUUAAGAUCACACCAGUUGAUGGUACACUUAUGCUAGGAACAACAAGUGCAAGUCAUAUUUGCAUUAACCCCACCAUUCCAGAGUCAAAUGUCUUACUUAACAGUUACCGAACAAAUCCUGGUCUCUCAACAACCAUGGCAGGCCCACCAAUAUCACUAAUUGAUAUAAGUGAAAAAACACGCUCUGAUCUUUUGGAAAGGACAUUCACUAUAAAGGCCUCAGUUAUUGAUUUCAAAUUCACUGACACCUGGUACCAGGUCAUCUGUCCCACUUGUAAAAAACCAACUUUCAAACAGGGGAAUACUUGGUUCUGCCCUUCAGAUGGAAUACCCGACUCAACAACUUACAUGUUCAAACUUUCAGGAACUAUUACUGAUCCAACUAACUCCAUGGACGUAACUUUCACUGACAAUGUCCUUCAAAAACUAACGGGUACAACAUCAGAAAAGCUGAUAGAUGAAAAAGAUCCGGAUAACAGAAAGAAAUUACCAUCCGCAGUCAACGAGAUUAAAGGCUUAGUUACGAAGAUGGCAUUGCAGAUGAUGAAAACAUCCACCAAUGAGAACCUUCGUUUCAUCAUCACUGAUGUUGAAGAAAAUACAGUUAAACAGAAUCCAACCCCACUUACACCGGCUCCGGUAACUCCACCGAAUACCAAAACAACCGACAUCCAUUCUUCAUCAUCUUCUGGACCACAUCGGCCAUUAAUUAGAAGAUCUCUCACUUAUGAACAUGAAGGUAACGCACAUAACACACAAUUCAGCAUUAUCAAAAAAACAUCUAACAAAUUUGUGUUAAACUACAGAUAA